AUAUAUUAGAAUUUCAAGAUGGAAUUUAAACUUUCCCCAUCAUUUAAACUCUGAAGGCUAAGGUGCUAAAAAAGAAGAAUUGUUAAAGCAUGAACUUUUCAAUCGAGACCAGUUCGUCGAGCCUAUCCGUGAAAGAACCAUAUUCAUUUGGUUUCAAAGUGCUUACUGCGUGGUGUGUGGUUUUCGUAACAGAGGCCUCUUUGAUACUUCUAGGGAAUCUUUAUGCUACUGUUUUGUUUUUGAGAGGUCGUUUUAAUCUUGUCAGAUACUUUGCAAUCAGCCUGUCAUUCACAGACAUUCUUAGAGGCUUGGCUGCUAUAACGAUUUUCCUUGGUUUGCUGCAAUCAGAUGGGCAUCAUUGCAGUUUGAACCAGGAAGAACUGCACCUCUCUUUGCAAACGCUCUGCGACGUUUUCUCGACCUCUUUCUUGGCUGCAAUCUCCUUAGACAUGUAUUACAGGACCUUCUGGCCUCUAACUCAUAUUUUCACUCGUGUCAGAUGCUACAUGACGGCUAAUAUUUUAAUUUGGAUUUUGUCGAUGGCAGUGAGCAUGACCUCUGCAUUUUCCCUGGCUGGUUUCUACAGUGUUCUUGUCGCUAAAGUGGCGGUAUGGUUUGUUGAGAUUAUUAACUUGACAAUUAUUGGCACUAAUUACAUUCUGAUAUGGCAGCAACCUUCGUUUAAACGAAAUGCUACCGUAUGGAGGUUGCAAAAACAAAACUUUGAGCUUUCGAGGGCGUUUACACUUUGCGCUAUUAUCUACUUUGCGAUGUGGUUGCCGGUGGAAAUUUUGGAAGGAAUGUCGUACUUUAAUUUGGAUUUCCCAUGCAAUGCAGUUCUUUCAAUGAGAUUUUUUAAGACUUUCUGCUCUCUUGUGAGUCCUGUGGUGUAUGCCAUAAAGCUCUCACGCUUCAGCAAACCCUUGAGAUGCACUACGACAAGGUGUAAAGUUAAGAAAAUACUUCCACCAGACAGUUCGCCUGUCCCAACACUCAGAUCCGCCUCGUAUUUGAUUACACCAUUGUAAAACAUCCUAUUUAUUUGCGUUGAUCAUGCAAAUAACUAAGGUAGUAAGGUGUGCAUCAAUUCCUGCCCCAGUAAAUAAGGAGAAAGUGGAUCACCAAAAGGAGCGCAACCAUUGAUUCAUGUAUAUAGUUCGGAUUUGAUUAUAUGGUUUUUUUUUUAUAAUUUUCUUCCUUAUUUAUCCAUUCAUUUAUUCAACUAUCCGCUUUAUUUUCCUUGGUCACUAACCGGGUCCAGAUAAGUCAUAAUUGGUUGCCUAACCUGCAAUGUCAAAGACAUCGUGUAUCUAUGUAUGUGUGCAUGCGUGCAGGCAAGCUUGCACAUGAGAGUAUGUGUGUCUCUACAAAAUUAAUGAUACAUGUAUAGCUGUUUAAGUUUUGGGACCGUUUCUUUACCUAACUACUACUCCAUCUGCGUUUUUUUUGUUCACGUAUCACGAAAACAGUUUAAUCAAUAUAUAUUUUUUUUUGAGGGACGAAUAUUCGCCUUGACGACAUAUUUCUUCAUUAGCUAAUGCUGGACAUGCAUAUUAAUUAUCAGUUACAUAUCUAAGACAUUAAUCUGUGCAGUCUUUCUUUUGUAGAAUGUAUUGUUGUCACUUAAGACAUUUAGUAGAAAUGACUUGAUUAUUCUGUUUCCAGCGAGUCUCGUUGUUUGAUAAGCAACCACAUCUGACUACCGCAUAGAGCAGAAACUUUAUGCUGUUUAUUUAACUCUAACAUGCCUUAACAUAAUACAUACGGGUUAAUACUUACUUCUUAUUAACCGAGCGGGAGGUCUGUAUGGGAGAACCUUGACCGAGGUCGCCAGUACAGACC